CUGACUUUCAAGAACAGUCCGUGGGAAGGUGGGAUCCGUCUGCAUCCAUCCAUGAUGGUUUGGAAGGUUCCAGCCCCUUCUCAGUGUUUGACUCGAGUGGAAAUGCUGUGGCAUUUGGACAACUGAAUAAUGUCAUGACGACACCAAUGUGGCACGACAAAACCAACAACUUCCUGUACUAUGGAAUUAUGGGAGGAAUCGAACAGAUCCCGACAAAUUUCUCCUACCACAUUUUGGCAGCAUAUUCCUCGGCGGGACCUGAAAGUAGUCUGUCUGUGUGGGGUUUCGUAAUCAGGAGCUUUGUAUACAAGGAAGAUAAACCGGCGGAUCCCUCUGGGGACACACUGGGGUACUGGACAGAUGAAGGGUCCUACUAUUUCGAGAAAACCGAUGGAACAUCAACGUAUGAAGAUACAUUGAUCAAAGUGUUUGCUGAUGCCCGCAAUAGAAGUAUACCAUACAGGUAUGUGGAGCUGGACACCUGGUGGUUUACAAAAGGUCAAGGUGGAGGGGUCAAGGAGUGGACAGCACCAGCAGACAUCUUCCCCAACGGCAUCGAGUAUGUCCACAGGAGUUUGAACGUACCUAUUGUGGCGAAAAAUAAUUUCUGGUCCAGGGAUAACAUAUAUGCAACACAAAAUGGCGGAAAGUUCAAUUUUGAAAUGGAAGGAGACAUGGCAAUACCGACAGAUGAGGCGUUCUGGGACAAAAUCUUCAGUGAUUCCAAGCAGUGGGGAUUGGCCACAUAUAUACAGGACAACAUGACGGAAAUAUUCCGUACUUUCCCAAGGAUGCAGACGGACCUUAACUUUGCGCGAGAUUGGUUGGUUAAAAUGGCGACGUCUGCUUUGAGACACAACAUCACCAUCCAGUACAGUGGCGCCACCCCAACGAUGGCGCUCUUAGCGCUCCAGUUACCGGCUGUCACCCAGGUGCGCGUCCUGGGAGGCUAUGGCACAGAAUUGGACCAGAGGAAUAUUCUUGCUUCGUCCGUAUUCUCCUCACUUUUAGAUGUGUUGGUCUUCAAAGGUGUGCUCCGUACACAAGACCAGAAGGGAGGCACUGGAACCAUCACUGCAGCUCAGAGCAGCGUGAUAGCUGUCCUGUCGCGGGGUGCAGUGGGGAUAGGUGACCAGAUCGGACAUACCAAUACUUCCAUCAUCAAUCGGAUAUGUAGCUCUGAUGGAACUGUUCUCAAGCCAAACAGGCCUACACUCGAAAUAAAUGCUCAGGUUGUGCAGAUGACAUUUCAAGAUGGCAGCGGCCCAAACGCCGACAUCUGGGCGACACUCACCGGCUCGUAUAAGGGUGGAUCAGCCCCGGAACAGGUGUACGGGAUUAUCUAUGUUUCCGGAUUGAACAGGACGUUUGACAUCACCCCGACGGCAGCCGAUAUUGGGUUUGAAUACCCAGUGAGCAAGAUCUUCUCUGCAGCUGAUCCAACAAAGCAAUACGACUUCAGCGACAGCAAACCCUUCACCAUCCCGCCAUGCCAACUGGAAUUCUGCAUGUACUAUACGUCACCAGUUAUAAAAUACAAAAAUAGAGAAGUUCUCGUCCUGGGUGAACUGGAAAAGUGGGUACCAAUGUCUCACAACAGGAUCGUCAAUGUCACCGUCGGCGACGUCAUCACUGUCUACGUCAAGGGUCAGGCGGGGGAGAGUGUUGAGAUGUGGUUUGCCGAUGAUGUACGGUUCGGUGCUUUGAAAACUAUUAUAGGGACAGACGGCCAGGGUAGUAUCAUAUAUGAAAUAAAAUCUCAUCCUGUUAACAACUCUGACCUCAGAAGAGCUUCAACAAUUGCUUUUGGCAUGGGUAUCCUAGCAACAAUGAUGCUCAUGAUGUAAGACGAAAGCGACUGCAUUGUUGCUGGUUGGUCGACACAAGGCCAAAACUCCAUCUCAUCUCAUUGGGUAAAUUCUGUAUUAAUAAGCAGUUACAUUUUAUGGUGUAUUCCUUUUCCUUUAACGUGACAGAGACAUCCGUACUGUUCGAUUGGGUGUUUUGUUCUUUUUAAAGCUUGGUGCGGAUUUGAACAGAACCAUUCUGUCCUUCCAAAGUCGACCCACAAAGCUAUCGUUCAUACAGGUCCUGACACAACUGAAGAGUAUCAGGCAUUCUGCAAUACAUUUACCAUUCUACAUUUCUUCAGUUGUUCUGGGCUACUUUCUAUUACAUAUAAAAAUAAAUAUAUUAUUACCUAACAUAUCUUUUCCAAGAAAUGUUAACCUCGGAAUGAUGCACAGUAGAUGAAACCUGCCUUGGCACUUACGGUUCGUUAUAAAAUAUCGGAAUCUGUGACCACAAAAACAUCUCCCAGAACAAAAUGUGCAACUGUCAAUGAUCAACUGUAUCGAUUAUGGAAUAAGCUCCAUGCGAAAUGGAUACUGCGAAGGUACACGUUUGGUGGGAAAUGUUCCUAGAAAACUGUUCUAUGGGACUUAUUCCCCCGAGAAGAUGUUUACAAAGGAAUAAUACCGCUAUGGUAAUAGAUAAUCUUUGUCACUGUCACUUUAAAUUGGUGGGUAAGUGUUCUUCUUCCUGUGCAUUAAUUGUUUGGCCUGUCGAAAAUCAGAAUGUUUUAUCACACACACGUAACUAUAACACCUUUGUUCACUUGGCUUGUUUUGUUUGGAAGAAUAUGUCAGAUGUAUCGUGUUUGUGUAUUCACAGAGCCGUAUAGUCAUUCAGACACCCUAGUCUCCAUGCAAAUGUAUUGUUGAGAAUAUCUCUCAACGCUGUUCAAAUGAAUGCUCUGUGAAAUCUGACCAAACAUGAAUUUUGUUUAACUCGAAAGUUUAACUCGGUUUACAUUGAGUUCCGUGUAAGAAAUUAGCAUAGUUAAUUAUUUAUCGUAAAGUUCAAUGUCUGGUUUGGGCAGGUUCCGCUCUAAUGUUAUGUAAUCGAGGAUCCAGACUGACAGAUACUUCACAGUAGGUCACUUUAACAUGUUGUACAAUUGCGAUCACUGCGGAGUGAUCCAGGAGACUGUUGUAUCAAAGCUUUCUAAAUUAAGGCUGCACUAAGCCCUAAAUGGUUCCAUCUUCAUGUUUCAUUGGUUUAUGGUAUCAACAGAAUGGGUUGUGCAAAUCGGUUAUUGAACUGCCAGAUUGCCAAUAAUGUGUCAUUAGAUUUGUAUAUUCACCUAUUAUUGUCCGACAAUUCCGUUUUAGAAACAAUCACUUUCUCCUUCCUGUCUUCUUCAAAGUGGUAUGAAUUGUUUUCUACUUGCCAAAUGUAUCUCUUCUAGCUUACUCACGGUGUCCACGAAGAUGCAAUUCAACACAUAAAACCUGUGAUUGUCUCUGUCUUAGCCCAUAGAAUCCUUCAUGUUUUGUGUACAGUCUCCUGUUGCAUUAGUGCCACGCUGAGGUGAAGAUGGUGUCAUUGAAAGUUUGAAAUAACCGAUGUAUUUGUGUUACAUAAAUUAAUAAUGUGUUAGCAACAUGCUAGUGAACACUGUUUGCUUCCACUAUGACACGGAUCACGUUUUUAUCAAGGCAUGUACAGUGACAGUUUGGUGACAAGGCAUAGGCUUAUCGUUAUGAAACUGAUUUCAAUGGCUACCUUUCUCUCGCACUACUACAUGCGGAUGAGUAACAUGCACAAGAAGACAAGACAUUGGUGAAGUGAUGAAGUUUUAACUCUGAAGUCGUUUGAUAGGCCCUGUUGGAGACAAGAGAAGACGCCGAAAGCCUUACCUUGUUACACCAUUAGUUAUUAUACGUUUACCUAUGUUUUGUUUAUUUUGCCCUUUAUAAUUAUUGCAAAUGUAUUGCAUUCCAAUAUAUGUGUGUCUUGAUCGUUAUAAUAAAGCUCACAAAUAUCA